GCCGCAUUGAAUGGUGGGUGAAUACUGAGUUCAUGGCAAGCAAGAGUAUGAAACCAUUGUAAACAUAACAGAAUGAAAGUCAUGUGCUUCACAGACACAUGGUAACCCAGUCCUAUUCAUGGAAAGAGUUGCUGGGUAUACUGUUACUGUAAAGACAAAGCAUAGUUUUCCCCAUCGGGUGUCACUCAAAUUAAAGGGCAGAAAGCUAUGACAGACAUUUCAGAAACUGCAGAUCCAAGUACAGAUGAUUCAGAAACCCUAAUUGGUACCAGCAUGCCAUCUGUUAUUACAGUUCCAACACAAGAACUAGAAGUACUGAAUUGUUUUACUGUUUUGGAUGAUGGCUCGGUGGCACAAGAAGAUGGAAAUGGUGCAGUUUCUAUAAAAAUCGAGCAGGUUGAAGAGCUAGAAGGGGGAAAUCUCUUAAUUAGUAGCACAAGUGGAAAUUUUACUUCUGUUACUUUAGCAGAUGGAACAGAGGCACUUGUUGCUCAUGAAGUUGCUGUUGAAGAACAAGUUGCAGAAGAAGUCCAAGCUGAUGAAGAAAAUGUUCCAGAAUGCAACACAAUCAUUAUCCAAGGACUACCAAAAUAUCUGGAGGGGCAAGCAAUCAAACUUGAAGACGGUUCAACUGCACUGAUCCAUGCUGCUCCCAGAGGAGAAAAUUGCCAGAGUGUGGCACUUGAAGAUGGCACAACUGCAUACAUUACUCUCCCAGAACAUUUAUUGGCAAGUGUAGAUGAUGAAUCAACCAAAAAACAUUCUCAACAAAAUCUACAGAAGGCAUAUCAAGAGGAGCAAGAACAAACGGAAAUACAAAUCACACCAGUAGAAGAGGCACGGCCUAAAUGCUUCAUGUGCACCCAUGAAGGCUGUGGGAAGUUGUACACUACACUGCAUCAUCUCAGGGUUCAUGAACGAACACACACAGGAGACAGGCCAUUCCGUUGCACUGUUCGGGGUUGUGAUAAAGCAUUUGCAACAGGCUAUGGUCGGAAAGCCCAUAUUCGUACACACACUGGUGAGAAGCCUUACAGGUGUCCUGAAGACACAUGCAAGAAAGCCUUCAAAACUUCUGGAGACCUUCAGAAGCACUUACGUACUCACACGGGGGAACGCCCGUUCACAUGUCCAGUUGCUGGUUGUGGACGCUCCUUUACUACAUCUAAUAUACGAAAAGUGCAUGUGAGAACACAUACUGGUGAACGGCCUUAUGUUUGUAAUGUUGAAGGAUGUACAAGAGCAUUUGCAUCUGCAACAAAUUUUAAGAACCAUCUCAGGAUACACUCUGGAGAGAAGCCGUAUGUUUGUAGUAUUAAGGAUUGUGGUAAACGUUUCACUGAAUAUUCUAGUCUGUAUAAACACCACAUGGUCCACACUCAGCUGAAACCAUAUUUAUGUGGAGUUUGUGGAAGACAUUACAGACAAGCCUCUACUCUUACAAUGCACAAGAGAACAGCUCAUGGUAUUGUAGAAGUUGACGAUGGCACCGAAAUAUUUUUUGGUGACAGAGUCCUGGAGUUUGCAAACAACGAAUCUGUCACAAAAGGGAAAAAACUUAAAACUUUUCCAGGAGUGAAAAAAGAUGGUAGCACAUUGGUGGCCUUACAAACAUCAGAAGAUCCAAAUGCUGUAGAUGCAGUCCAGGGCACAACAAGUCGAUUAGUUUUUGUCACUGAUGCUGUGAAUUUGGCAGACCUAGAACAGUUUGGUGUGCAAGCAAAAGAAGCAGUUCCUGAGGAAACAUGUCACAUUCAAAUGGUGGAAGAUGAGUCCUCCAACAGUAUUUCAACAUAAUGCUAGUUGCUCAGCUUAGCCAUCGAGGCCUAUCUUAAGUUAUGUAACCUUUAUGUGACACUGUAUUUAUACACUGACUGUUAUGCAUCUGCUGUUGUCUAUGGUUCUGAUGCCUUGUUUAAUAACAUUCUGACAUUUGAGCCACUGUUUAAAUAACAUCAAAUGAAUGUGCACUGGUGAUAAAAGAGCCAUUGUUAA